AUGUAUCUGAUAGUAGCCAUCGACUAUUACACUAAAUGGGUAGAAGCAGAGCCACUGGCCAGCAUAUCAUCGUUCACAGACAAGAAGUUCGGGGAGUUUUUCUUCGGGUUAGGGGUUAAGCAGAAGUUCUCAUCGGUAGAGCACCCACAGAGCAAUGGUCAGGUAGAAGUAGCAAACAAAAUCAUCCUCAAAUGGUUGAAAAAGCGACUUGAUCAGAAGAAGGGCUCGUGGGAAGACGAGGUAGCCUCGGUCUUAUGGUCUUAUAGGACAACACCCCAGUCCUCCACCGGAGAAACACCUUUUCGGCUUAUCUAUGGAGUAGACGCAGUAAUUCGAGUGGAAAUUGGGGAGCCGAGUCCGAGGUUACUCCUCGGCGAUGGUGAAGAAGCAGUAGAGAAAGACCUGAUUGAUAAGACAAGAGAGAUGACCCAUUUGUCAGAAACUGUAUUGAAGCAGAGAAUAGCGUUGCGAUACAAUGGGAAAGUGCUCGGCAGGAAUUUUGAGAUAGGUGACCUGAUAUUACGGCGCAAUAAUAUUGGGUUACCGACAUCAGGAGAGGACAAACUAGCAGCAAACUGGAAAGACCCAUACAAGUAA